UGACCCUGGCGGCGGAAGGAGCUGCAGGAGCCGCAGGGUGUGUAAGUGUGGUAAGAGGGAAGCGGGUGGCUGCGCGCCGACACGCUUGCUUCGCCCGCUGUCCGAGGCCCGAACGUUCCUCUCAUUUCGCCACGGUCGCACCCAGUCAGGAAUAACGAUGGAUAAAAGUGAGCUUGUACAGAAGGCCAAAUUGGCUGAGCAGGCCGAACGCUAUGAUGAUAUGGCUGCUGCCAUGAAGGCUGUCACUGAGCAGGGUCAUGAGCUAUCCAAUGAAGAAAGGAAUCUACUAUCUGUUGCCUACAAAAAUGUGGUUGGUGCUCGUCGGUCUUCUUGGCGUGUCAUUUCCAGCAUUGAACAGAAGACAGAACGGAAUGAGAAAAAACAGCAGAUGGGAAGAGAAUAUCGUGAGAAGAUUGAGGCUGAGUUGCAGGACAUAUGCAAUGAUGUUCUGGAACUCUUAGAUAAGUACCUUAUUGUUAAUGCCACACAACCAGAAAGUAAAGUCUUCUAUUUGAAAAUGAAAGGCGAUUACUACAGAUACCUUUCAGAGGUGGCAUCUGGUGACAAAAAGCAAACAACAGUAGCAAAUUCUCAACAGGCAUAUCAAGAAGCAUUUGAAAUCAGCAAGAAGGAGAUGCAGCCAACACAUCCUAUUCGACUUGGUCUGGCACUUAAUUUCUCUGUGUUCUACUAUGAAAUAUUAAACUCACCUGAGAAAGCCUGUAGUCUGGCAAAGACAGCAUUUGAUGAAGCAAUAGCUGAACUGGACACACUGAAUGAAGAAUCUUACAAGGAUAGCACCCUGAUUAUGCAGCUACUUAGAGAUAAUCUUACUCUAUGGACAUCGGAAAACCAGGGAGAUGAAGGGGAAGCUGGAGAAGGCGAAAACUAAGUCUGUCAUGCUUCACUAUGUGUUCAAUGUCACUGUAUCCUACACAUUAUAUUCCUUUGUGCGGCAAGCAAAAAGAAUAGUACAUCGACUUCACAACCUCAACGUAGCAAACUGUCUGUGGGGUAAAAAAAAAUUGGUUGGUGUUCUGUGUAUGUCAAAUGGAAAUCAGUUGAACAAUGGCAUUCUGAACCUUUCCUAUUAUGAACACUUGCAGUUAUGAUUACCGUGUUUAUAUUUUUUUAACUGAACACUGUGAUUAAGGGUUUUGCGAUUGCAGUUGACUUUACAAAACUCAAAUGAUGAAAGAAUAGAUACAAAUCAUGUGAUUCCUUGGAAGGAUAAUAAUCUGGUAUCAAAGUUGCUGAAGUACAAUUCUGCUGUAAAGUUGUAUAGAAAAUUAUAGAGAUUAUAUUGUGAUACUGCAACAUGGAAGGGCAACAAUCUACUGUGUGGUAUUCCAGUUCAGAAGCUCACUUCUGUGAAUUGAAUAGACAUGUUCAUUCUGACAUUUCUUUUUUAAAAAAUAAUGAUAAUGAUGAUGCUGGACCCACUGCUUUUUAGCCAAAUGCUCAUUUAAUUUUAAUUUUUUUUCUUAAAUUUCAUUUAAAGCCAAGGGGAAAUGAAAAUCUAACUUAGCAAAUAAUGGUGGCAGAAAAUUGUGGCCUUGCCUCUGGGCAGAUAGUCCACUGCUCUUGCCACUGGCAACAUCAUUUUAGUCAGUAAUACGUUAUACAUUUACCUUGUAGACUAGUGGAUUAACAUGAAAUUUGGAUUCUACUUUUAUGGCUUUAUUAGCUGUAGAAUAAUUGCAUGAAAUAAUGUUUUUUCAGUUUAAAAAAGUUGAACAUUAAUUCCUUCCAGGAAAAAAACUGUAUCUUUAAAUAUCUGAGUUCUUGGUACAAGUUGUGUCUCUCCUGAUGUAAUUUAAAUUAGAAACUCACUGUAAUUGGGAUUUAUUUCUGGUAAUGGUAAAAAGUGAAAUAUGCUGGAGGACAGGUCUCGCUUAGAUGCAGAUGGCCUAUUGCUGCUAUAGUUUUUGCCACUCCUGGUCCAAAACAAAUAACAGGCUCAUAUAUAACCUUUUCCUUAACUUCCUUAGAAAUAGAGAUCAUAAUGUUUAAUUAUAAAUUUGUCCAGGCAAAGAUUGGAAUUCAGUAGUAGUUGCAUGAAUAAUGCAGUGAAAGAUUAGACUAUUUUUCUUAUUAGUCUUUUCAAUAUCGUUUCUCUGCUUGUGACAUUCCACUUGGCUUAUAGAGUCCAUCUGUCUGUUCAACUGUUCGCUGAAAAAAAAAUUCAUGCACUGACUUCAAAAUUCCCCUCUACUAGCUGAACAAAUUGUGCAGUUUUUCUUGGCGCUUGAUAAAUGCAGUAGUGAAUGUGGAACCGAGCCUGUCUGUAUAUCUGGUAGCUCUUUUUGCAUUGUUUCUACUGACCAGUAUUUUGCCUAAAGUUUGCUUCUGUGAUGGUUGUAUUAACUAGCACACAUGUGGUUGUGAGAAUAGUAUAGCAAAAAGAAAUACCUGGUUAUCGAUGUACUAGAUUUGUGUAUGUCUUUCAAACAGUUCUAGUUUCACCCUACACAAUCAGGAAAGUGUAAAACGAUUUAAAAAUAAAAAAAUUUAUCAGUUUGUAGUUUCUCUUUUUUUAUGUUAUCACAAUCAUUUCAUAAAAUUAUGGCUACAUUCAAUAUGAUGGAAUGGCUGUUAUUUUGGGACCCUAACAAUAUGAUUGUAUUAGAUUAUGCAAUUGAUGUAAUUAAUUGUAUCGGUGAUGUCUAUGAACUGAUUUUUCUGUUGGUCUAAAAUGAUUUAAACUUAUUACUAUUUCUUUGUGAGCAAAAUACUGAAAUUUGGUUUUCUACAUGGAAUAAAAUUGUACUUUAUAACAUGAUAGCUUAUACUAUACUGUCCAAUUUUCCUGGAAACAUCACCAGUACUUCAUAAAGGGUAUAAAAAUAAGGUACAUUAUAGUCUACAUUUUUUAAAAGGAGUUAAAAAGCAAACUGCAUCAUAAUCAGAAAAGUUAAUCUUGUAAAACUUCGUUUCAGAACAAAUUGCCCUUUGAUAUAAAUAUUGGAACUAAUAAAAUGGAAUAUUUACUUUGA